AUGGUUGGCAAAUACACAGUCACUGAGCAAAUAGGGAAAGGGGCUACCUCCGUUGUAUACGAGGGCGUAAACACAAAGACAAAAGAGAAGGUGGCCAUCAAAGUGAUAGACUCCCGGCACAGGAGAAGCCUCCAUUUGGCCGCGAACGAGAUCCGGGUUCUGCAAAGGCUUUCACACCCAAACAUCAUCCGCAUAAUUGAAACUGUGGAGACGCAAAAUCAGUCUCUGAUCGUCAUGGAAAAGUGCAAGUUCUCGCUCUCGUCUGUGGCAAAGACCGGGAACCUGCCGUACAAGACAAUCCUGCGCAUAUUCAGGGACAUUUUGGUUGGGGUCAGAUACCUGCACACGAACGGAAUCAUACACCGAGACAUAAAGCUGGGAAAUGUCAUGAUCAGCGAAGAGAACGACCUGAAGAUCAUCGACUUUGGGCUCUCGAAGGACACGCUUUUCAGCGCCCCCAAAACCUUCUGCGGCACGCCGGACUUCAUAAGCCCGGAAAUGAUGGAGCGAAUGCCGUACACCAAGAAAACCGACAUAUACAGCACGGGCAUGCUCGUGUACUUUCUCAUUUUCCGGUGCGACUACAGCAGGGCCCGGAUCGAGGCUGGGAAGCGGUCGGAGCAGUACAGAGUCCUCCUGGAGCUCCUGGAAAAGAUGCUCGAGAAAGAGCCCAGCAAAAGAAUAUCCGCGGAGGAGGCACUGAACAGCAGCAUAUUCAAUGGGUUCUACCCCCGCCUGGUGCCUUUGGAGGGCAUCAAGGAGUUCCAGAUACAGACAAAGCUGGGCCGCAUCGAGUACAAAAACGAAGCCGUAAAAAUGCGCACAGGCACGGGAGGGUUUGUGAUAAAGUCUGGGAUGGGCGGCGUAUACGAGCUCGGCCGGAGCCAGGAGGAGGCCUACGUGCCCUUCUCCGCCGUCGACACAAAAAGGCUGAAACUCGUCGAUUUCUGCUACUCGAUCCUCGGCCUCGUCAAGAAGCGGACUCCCGUUGUGAUCAUUUUGACGGACUCUGGGAAGUUCUUCAAGAUGCUGAAGGACGGAGUCUACGUGUACAUCGUCGAGGACUCGUACAUCCUGUGGCAGAGCGGGGAAGUUACAGCGAAAAACAUGAAGAACAAGGAAAAAGUCGCUGUUUCAGAGGGCGAGCGAGAGGAGAUAAAAGUGCUUAUAUACGAGGCCUCGCAGGCGCUUGCCAGAGACAGCACCGGAGACAGGCCCAUAACAGUCGACAAAAGAGCGUGCAAAAGAGGCAGCCUAAAGCACAGCACGUGCCCGUCUCUUGCAGGGUCUUUGGAGUCCUCAACGCUUGCAAGCCUGUCCCCGCGAACCAGAGGCACCCCCAAAGGAGAACUUCUCCCCGUGUUUAUCCCCGAGGGAACUGUGCUCAGAGUAGAGCCGUAUCUUUACUGCAUGAUUUUGCGCACGGGAGAGUGCAUUGUGCUGAAUCUGCAGCUGGAAGAAGUCACUAAGUACGUGGAGGGGCUUCCUGGGCAGGUGCACUACAUCAACAAAAACACAGACGCAGACAUUCUCAGAAAAAUAAUUUUGUUUGAAAGCAUCUUGCACAAAAGCAGCACAGCAUAG